ACGUUCGAGGAGUACCUGGAUUCCCUGGGCAGGGCCAGCCUCGCCUGCGACGUGGCCGUCCUGGUGGGGCACGCGGCCGUGCGCACGUGGGUCAUGGGCAGGAGAGAGCGAACCUGGCGGACCGGCCGCAGGGCGCGACGGGCAGCCCGGUGCUGCCGCACGAGAUUCGGGCGAUAGCCUCGCUGGUGCGCGACGCAGUGGCCGCGGGGGCCUUCGGGUUCUCCACCUCCCGCCUGCUCAUCCACCGGGACCCCAGCGGGUUCCUGACCCCGGGGUCGCUGGCGGGCUCCGCCGAGCUGCUCGCCAUCUGUGACGCGAUCGCAGAGGGCGGCGGGGGGGCGUUCGAGAUGUCGAACGACUUCGCGCUGUACGACGACUUCGGUGCCUACGCGCGGGCAGACCAGGCCAGGCUUCAGGACUACAGGCUCCGCGAGCUGAGGUGGAUGACGGAGGUCGCCGACAGACACGGCAGCAGGGUCGCGUUCACGCUCAACACGAGCCCGGGCAUGGAGUGGAUCCUGCCCCACCUCGACGACCUCAACGCCCGCGGUGGGCUCGCGAAGGGCCAGUGCUACCCGCGGGCUCAGGGGUUCCUCUUUGCGUUCGGGGCGCGGAUGCACCCCUUCGUCGUGUCCCCCGCGUUCGCAGAUGUCGCGAAGAGGUGCCCAGACGAAGGGUUCGGCCUGCUGGCCGCGCUCGCCGACCCUGGGGUGCGGGCCCGGGUCACCGCGCAGGCGGAGGACUUCUUCUCCAGGGAACACCCCGCGGGGCCUGCCGAACUCGCGGCCCUGUUCCGGCCGUUCCACCGCAUAUACCGGUGGACGCCGGGAUACGAGCCGGAGACUGGGAGGGACGACAUCAAGUCCCUAGCACUUCAGGGGGGCAUGCGGCCUCUCGAGGCCGCCUACGACGUCAUGCUCAAAGGCGGGGUCCUGUGGAAGCCCUUCGCGGGGUACGACUCGGGCGACAACGAGGCCUUGCGCAGGCUGUUCCAGCACCGGCACGUGAUUCCUGGCUUCGGCGACGGCGGGGCACACGAGACGGACGCCUGCGGGGCCUCCGGCUUCCUGACGCAUUGGGUCCGCGAUCGCCACCGGGGCCCCAAGCUGGCGAUAGAGCACGCCGUGAGGCUGAACACGAGCGACGUCGCCCACGUCUUUGGCCUCGAAGACCGCGGCCUGCUCGCGGCCGGGAAGAGGGCCGACAUCAACGUGAUCGACCUGGAGCGGUUGAGGGUGUGCGAGCCUUACUUGGUUCGCGACCUGCCGCAGGGUCACAGCGGUGGAUGCAGAAGGUCGAGGGCUACGUCACGACGCUUGUUGCCGGGCAGGCCACCUUUGUCCGUGGCGCGGCCACGGGCGCCUUGCCCGGGAGGCUGGUGCGGAACCCUCGGCGCCGCGCGGAGGCGUUCCGCGGCGUCGCCGCCGAGGUGUCCGGCGCGCUCGAGGGCGGGCUCCGGGCGCCCCCGUGCGAGGGCGCCGGCCUCCGCGCGCUGGACGGCGCCGGGCGGGGCGGCGCGAGCGCGGCGGCGCGGGUGCUGCGGGGGACCGUCGAGGAGGGCCCCGCCGCGCCGGGCGGCGCCAGGAGCAAGCUCUGACCUGGCCUCGGCGGCGCUCACAGGUCGCCACGGAGGAACUCACACCGAGACAUCCGUCCUCGCGUCUUGGAAACAUCUA